AUGCGAUUCCAGGACAUCAAUUUUGAAACGGACAUUCAAAAGCGCGUAGAUUCAUUCAUGGAUGGAAACGAACUCGUUGGUCUGUUAAUAGGACCUACAGGUUGUGGAAAAACCCAUGAGAUUAUCAAUAGGGCAAAAAAGCAAUUCACAAUCUUCAUUGACGCUCGAUCUUACCCAGCUUUAGAUGACUCUGAUGAUGCCUCACUCUUCUCAUUGAAAGAAAGUUUUGAAAGCAUCACUUCAAAAUGGAAAAAACCGAAUCAAGACCUGCCACAACUCUAUGAUAUUACCUAUGCCUUUCUACUGUCUCGUGUUCUGUUCCUCAAAUAUCUCAAAGAUAUCCUAACAUAA